CGUUCCCAAAUGAACGGCUCCUCGCGCAGCCUCAUUCCCUUCAGGCAGGACCAGUAACAUUAGGCCAAAAAAAAAGUGUGUGGUAAAGAGAGACAGAGAGAGAGAGAGAGAGAGAGAGAGAGAGAGAGAGCGAGCAGCGGAGCUCCGGGGACACCGACACUCACCAUGCUGCUGGAGCGGAGCGGAGGAGCCUCGUCAGGGCGCUUUUAAGUCGCUGAGGGCUGAGGAAAAGGGGGAGGUGAGAAAUGCGGGCGCCGCGUUCAAAGGAACCCCGCUGCUGUGUUUGUCCUCACUGUCAACAACAGUCCUGCUGCAGCUCCGCUCACGGCUCUUAUCGGUUCAUUUAACGGCGUCGCACCGGGGAAAUCACUGGGACUAUGUGAGCAUCAUGCUCGCUGUGAGAUGCCUGCUGUUCGCUGCAGUGUGUGCACGGUGCGCCGUGACAGGUCUGAGGGAGUGGGUGAGUCUGGAGGGAAGGCUGCCGCCCGCGGAGGAGUUCGUUCAGCCCAAGCGGCUCCUGCAACAGAUCCACUCCCAGGAGGAGCUGCUCCACAGCCGCCUGGACACCCGGGUCAGGAACUACACAGCCGGAGUGGAGCCGGUCCAUCUGGCCCAGAGCAGCUUCCUGGUGGAGGCGUUUGGCACAUCCUUCAUUCUUGACCUGGAACUCAACCAUAAUCUCCUGUCAACAGACUAUGUGGAGCGUCACUAUGAUGAGGAUGGGCAGCCAUCACAGAAUAUGGGGGGAGAGCACUGCUACUACCACGGGCGAGUGCGGGGGCUGCCUGGCUCCUGGGCUGCUCUGUCCACCUGCCACGGCCUGAGGGGGAUGUUUUCUGACGGGAACUUCUCAUACGGGAUUGAACCUGUUGGCAGUGGAGAGGAGCACAAUGACCACAUCAUGUAUCGAAUGCCAGAUAUUGACCUCUUCCCACUGCCCUGUCCAGGAUGCUCAGAGAACAGUACAGAGCCCGAGGGGCAGCCAGAUGGCCACAGUGAAGGAGACGGAGAGCUCAAGGAUGGAGACAACUGGUCUGAAGAAGAGAAGCCCGUCCUCAGAGCGGGACUGAGACGCUCAAAAAGACAAGUGCGGCGAGGCCAGCGCACCGUCCAGACCGAGACCAAGUACAUCGAGCUGAUGGUGGUAAACGACCAUGAACUGUUUGUGCAGCUCCGUCGGUCGACCACUCAGACGAAGAACUUUGCCAAAGCUGUGGUGAACAUGGCCGAUGCGAUCUACAAGGAGCAGCUCAACACUCGUAUCGUCUUGGUGGCCAUGGAAACCUGGUCGUCUGAAAACAGGGUCUCCGUGGGCGACGACGCCUUGCUCACCCUGCGCGACUUCAUGAAGUACAGGAAGGAGAGCAUCAAGGAACGCUGCGACGCCGUACACCUCUUCUCGGGGAGGACAUUCAUGAGCAGCCGCAGCGAGGCAGCGUACAUCGGGGGCAUCUGCUCCAUCACCAGGGGCGGAGGAAUCAAUGAGUAUGGCAGCGUGGGCCCCAUGGCCAUCACGUUGUGUCAGAGUCUUGGCCAGAACAUCGGCAUGCUGCGGAACAAGGAGCGACCAGCUGCAGGAGACUGCAGGUGUCCAGAUCCAUGGCUGGGUUGUAUCAUGGAGGAUACAGGCUACUACCUGCCCAGGAAGUUUUCUCGCUGCAGUAUAGACGAGUACCUGCGUUUCCUCCAGCAGGGAGGAGGCAGCUGCCUCUUCAACAAGCCCAGCAAGCUGUUAGACCCACCAGAGUGUGGUAACGGAUAUGUAGAACUGGGAGAGGAAUGUGACUGUGGAUCACUGGUGGAGUGUGCCCGGAGUGGAGCCAACUGCUGUAAGAAGUGUACGCUUACCCACAAUGCCAUGUGCAGCAACGGGCUCUGCUGCAGAGACUGCAAGUACGAGCUGAGGGGGGUGACGUGCCGCGAUGCUGUCAACGACUGUGAUAUUCCCGAGACCUGCACAGGAGACUCCAGCCAGUGUCCUCAUAAUGUCCACAAACUGGAUGGCUACAUGUGUGAUGCUGGCCAGGGUCGUUGUUACGGAGGUCGCUGUAAGACCAGAGAUGGCCAGUGCAGGACUCUGUGGGGCUACAACUCAGCUGACAGGUUCUGCUAUGAGAAGCUGAACUCUGAGGGCACAGAGAAAGGAAACUGUGGCCCAGACUCCAGUGGUCAGGGAUGGGUGCAGUGCAACAAACAAGACGUUCUGUGCGGUUUGCUGCUGUGCACCAAUCUGACAGCCAAGCCGAGGUUUGGAGAGCUGCAGGGGAGGCUCACUAGUUUGACCAUCCACCACCAGAACAGAUACCUGGACUGCAUGGGAGGCCAUGCAGUACUGGAUGAUGGUUUGGACCUGGGCUACGUGGAGGACGGUACGCCAUGUGGGCCAAACAUGAUGUGUUUGGAGCGCCGCUGCCUCCCCGUCACCACCUUCAACCUCAGCACCUGCCCGGGAUCCUCGACCUCACGCAUCUGCUCCCACCAUGGGACGUGCAGCAACGAGGUGAAGUGUAUCUGUGAUCCAGACUACACUGGGAAGGACUGCAGUGUGUUUGACCCCAUCCCCAUCCCCACCCCGCCAGAUGGCCCAGAGAAAUACAGAGGUCCCAGUGGUACCAAUAUCAUAAUAGGUUCGGUUGCCGGUGCAAUUCUGCUGGCAGCGAUAGUCCUGGGGGGAACUGGCUGGGGAUUUAAAAACAUCCGAAGAGGAAGAUCUGCAGGAGUUUGAGUCGUAUCUCUCUGCUGUCCUGUCUUCCUUACACUGUGUCCAGUCCACUCCGAGGAGACAAUAACAAAGAUGUCUUCCGCUUACGAGCCAUCAGACCUUUUCAUUUUCCCUUUUCUGACUUUUGUCAUGCUGUCUCCAUCUGUAUUUUUUUGACAGCGGCACAGAAAUGCACAUUCCCACAGAUCUGAGUGGCUGACAGGGAUUGUUUGACAAAUUUUGCCUUUGACGGUAUUGCCUCCUGUUUCAUGGUUGUUCUAGUUUUUGUUUGAUACGUUUUUGUGUUGCUCGAACUGAUCUGAAUGGAUGUUUUCAUCCUGGACACACACUUACAGAGCCCUUAUCUUAAGUGUGUUGCUCAACUUUUUCAGUUUUCCUUUCCCUUCCACUUGUUACAGCCAGUCUUCUGCCACAUCGACUGUUAUACUUUUCCCCUUUAGUGAUUUCAUGAUAGAUGAAGACUGUGCACUUCUCCUGGUCUGGACUUUUUAAAGGAAGCCUUCAGUUAAUACACAGUUAUCAUAUUUAAUCUCAUGGAGACACAAUCACUUCCUCUCAGUAGUGCGACUUUAACUGCAAUAGAAGUGUAUAAAUUUCAUGCAGAAUAGUGAAUGUUAACAUUUUAUCAGGGUAGAUGAUGGUUAUUUUUGUGUGCUAGGACUUAACAUUCCACAGUAAUAGCCAUAAUUUGCUGUUUUUCAUUAUCAAGCUGUAGUCCAUCCUAAAUCAAUGCUUAAUCAUAAUAUGCAUUAAUGUAUGAAUGUAUAGUUCAAGCCUGCAAGGACGCUUCUUGUAUUUCUGUGCUGAUUACAUCCAAGUACAUUGUACUUGACUGCAGCCAUGCUGGAUAGACAGUUGCACAUGCACACACCGAAUGUUUUAUCCUGCUGUAUGAUAUGUAAUCCAUAUACUACCAAUAUGCAUACAAGUAUGCUGAACAUGGGUGCUGAUGUACAUAGUGUAUUAUAGGGUCGACUCAUUUAGAAAGCAGGGACUCACUGCCGCUCUGAAUGGAAGCACAAGAAAACUCUUCCUGCCUCUCAGCCUAAAACUGCUAGUUUUGAAGAUUUCAUUAGCACCAGGGGACUCAGAUCUUUGCAGUUUGUACAUUUUAGGGGAAGCUGGAGCUCCUCUGGAUUUCCAAAAUUGUUGUUUAGCUGCAUGUCUGAUUAUUUGGACUGCAGUUAAGAGGUGUGAAUGAAUGCCUAUGAAGAAGAUUUUCAAGUUUCAAGCUGCAAAGUCAUGACAUAGAUGCUAUAUUUAACGCAAGAUCCCCCUCAGUAUGCAUAAGGUUUUUGCAUUAAGUCUUACAAAUUAAAAUUUGGCUUCUCCUUUAUGUACUCACAUGUAUUCAGAAAUUGCAUAAAAUUAAAAAAUUUAAGGCCAUUUAAGCCAAACAUGCUUCAUCUCUGAAUGGCACAAUUUGGCAGAUUUAAUCCCAACUGAACAGAUCCAUGUAAUAAGCAAUAAAUAUCUAAUAGAAAUAAUGUUAUUAAGUUAAUUUCCAGUGCAAAACAACAAACAUUACAGCAAAUAUCAAAAGUAGUCUCUCAGUAAUCCAGUUCCGCAGCUUUUAUGUGUGUCACUCUCUCCACUUAUCCUCUCUGCGUCUCAGAGAGUCUUAUAUCAGGUUCAGACUGCUUGAGAAGCUUUGUUUCACCAAUAACUUUAAAGAACUGCACAAUCACACAGGAGCCAGAAGAGAUGAUCCAAGUUACACUGCCAGUCAACCUACAGUAAGCAUUAGAGGAAUAUGUUGACAUUUUGAUUUGAAGUCUAUCACACCAAAGUUUAUUUAACAAAAAAGCUUAAUGACAUUCCUUAUGGAAAGAAGAUAGUGAAGUAGAAAAUGUACAAAUUAUACAAAAUCAUGAUUUGACAACAUUAACUAAGUUUGAAAUGUCAAUAUGUCCCUUUAAUCAUACUCAAACUUCUCCUUUUAAUCUCUAACCACUGUAUAAACACUCAAAAGUACUCAAGGACAGGCUCGGCUGAAAGCUCAGGUCAUGCUGUGUUUACCGCCACCGUUUGUGAUCACACAUCGUAGUUUGACUCAACAGAUUUUGGCACCAUUCACUUACAGUUUGGAAGUCAACACUGUCUAGUCUUACAGGAAGGCAACCAGUAUUAGCUUUCAAUGUAAAUACUCAUAUUGCUGUAUAUUAAAACACAUAUUAAAACAUAUCUGAAUACCA